AUGAGCUUUCUAAAAUCACGUGUUUCAUCGCUAUCUCAGUUGCGGAGUCUUCUACGACCGCCACCGAACCUCCCCUUUCGUGGAAUAUACAGAACAGAAGGUGAAACCGUUCGUAAAGACGAUAUUUUGGUAUGUCAGGCAAAGAUGAACUACCAUCCUGGACUCAAUGUGUACUUCGAAUCCGACCGAACUGAGAAGGUUCUGAGAUCUGCAUGUGACGGCGUUGUUCGGAUAACAACAGAGCUAAUUAAUCCAGAUUUGACAAAUCCUGAAAUGACCGUUUAUGAGUACAAGAAGGAUAUCGAAUUGCGGAAACUCACUUUUAAUGUAGUGCCAUUUGAAAUGUCCAAAACUUUCAAUCUUGUUAAUGUUCAUCGAAUCUUAGAAUUGAUUGAGCAUGUACAAGGAACAGGAGAAGUGAAUUCACCUGAGUUGGCCUCUCUCCAAAGAAUUCUUCAAUCCGACUUCUUCAAUGCCGUGCGUGAGGUUUACGAAACGGUGUACGAAAUAGUGGAUGUGGAGGGGCCUCCAGAGGUGCGGGCUUCUGCUACUGCAAAAGCAACCGUUGCCGCAUUUGCCGCUGCUGAAGGACAGGCUCACCCACGUACAGUCGAAUUACCAAAAACCGAUCAAGGCCUGGGAUUCAACGUUAUGGGUGGAAAGGAACAAAACUCUCCCAUUUACAUAUCGAGAAUCAUCCCAGGUGGUGUUGCUGAUCGUCAUGGUGGUUUGAGGCGAGGAGAUCAGCUCAUUGCAGUGAACGGAGUGGUGUACUUCGAAUCCGACCGAACUGAGAAGGUUCUGAGAUCUGCAUGUGACGGCGUUGUUCGGAUAACAACAGAGCUAAUUAAUCCAGAUUUGACAAAUCCUGAAAUGACCGUUUAUGAGUACAAGAAGGAUAUCGAAUUGCGGAAACUCACUUUUAAUGUAGUGCCAUUUGAAAUGUCCAAAACUUUCAAUCUUGUUAAUGUUCAUCGAAUCUUAGAAUUGAUUGAGCAUGUACAAGGAACAGGAGAAGUGAAUUCACCUGAGUUGGCCUCUCUCCAAAGAAUUCUUCAAUCCGACUUCUUCAAUGCCGUGCGUGAGGUUUACGAAACGGUGUACGAAAUAGUGGAUGUGGAGGGGCCUCCAGAGGUGCGGGCUUCUGCUACUGCAAAAGCAACCGUUGCCGCAUUUGCCGCUGCUGAAGGACAGGCUCACCCACGUACAGUCGAAUUACCAAAAACCGAUCAAGGCCUGGGAUUCAACGUUAUGGGUGGAAAGGAACAAAACUCUCCCAUUUACAUAUCGAGAAUCAUCCCAGGUGGUGUUGCUGAUCGUCAUGGUGGUUUGAGGCGAGGAGAUCAGCUCAUUGCAGUGAACGGAGUGGAAGUGCUUUCUCCUGGUGAGCGAUUACGUGUUGAAGUUGACGGAGGAGGCUGUUCUGGAUUUGAAUACAAGAUUAAAUUGGACAGUAAGCUUCAGAAUGACGACCGACUUUGGAAAGGCGAUAAUGUCGAAGUUGUCAUUGACGAGAGCCAGGCAAAUCACGAGCGCGCAACAGCAGUGAGGAUUACAGAAAAGCGAACUAUGAAGAUUCUCAGCAGUCACAGGUCGAAAGGGAGGCGAUGGUGGUAUGCAUCAGGUGCUCCUUUACUUGGGCUCUCCUGGUUUGUCACUUUGAAGGAUAUGUUAGGCAUUAAACCUGUAAAGCUAGACAAGGAUCCACUGAAGGAGAAAGUCAAGCAGUCAUGGCUGCAUCGAAAAUAUGGCCGGUAUACGGAAGCAGUUCAGGUUUUAGAGAUUGCUUUGGAGGAAGCUGAAGAACGCAAAGAGACUUUACCAAUAACUCGAAUUUAUGAUGAGUUAGCCAACACCUACUAUGAGAUGGGCAGUCAUGAGGAAGCCAUCAAAUAUUUUCAAAUUGUAAUUAAUCGUUUGAUUGGCUUACACGGAAAGCGCGACAGUGAUCCUGAGUUCAUCGGUGUGUCCUUGAAAUUAGCAGAUAUUUUUGCACAAAAAGGACAGCUCGAUGAUGCCGAGACAGGGUUUUCUCAUUGCGUUCGUAAGCAGAUGCAGGCAGUUGAUGAGCACAUGAAGAGCCAUAGUGUAGCGCACGGUGCGCUCAUAGAAGAUAGACACGUGGUUGACACCCAAGGAGGAGUUUACACAGAUCCUCUUGCUCUGUUCGGCAUGUGUUUAGAAAGAUAUGCGCAUUUCCUGAUAACUUAUCGUGACGAGAAUCGAUUACGUGAAGCAGAAGAGUAUAUGGAUGAAGUAAUGAAGAUCUGUUAUCAGAUUUAUGGAGCCAGCUCAUUUCAUACGAUCAACCUGCUCAAUAACUUUGGUGCUGCCCUUAUCCUUAGGAAUAGGUUUGAAUUGGCGGUGAAGUAUCUUUCAAUCGGUAUCGAACGGAUAUUAUUUGUGAAUGAAUGUGCCAGCAUGAUCUCUGGCUAUUACUGCAAUUAUGCUGAAGCUCUUUUCCAUGUUGGAAGAAAGGACGAAGCUCUCGAGUGGGCCAGGAAAGCCGUGUUAGUAAGCAAGUCUGAAGAACCUCGUGUGCAACGUUAUGCUGAAAGGUUUUUACGUGAUCUCGAGAAAGACGCAAAAGGAAAGCGGACACGAUCGUGGUGGUUACUUUGGUGA